GCGCUUACACACACGAUUAUCAGGUUCGCGUGAGCUGCAUGUUGUUCACAGCGGAAGCCUGAUUUAGGAGCCUUGCGUUGGCUUGACAAAGAAACCUCUACUUCUGGUUUUGCCGUUGGAUUCAUCUUCCUUUUCCGCAAGAAACAACAACUGGAGUCUAUCGAAUUCUUAUUAUUCUCCUUUUUUCGUGUUUUUUACUUCGUCUUUGUAUUGACGGGAGUUUACUGCUCAUUUCUUCCUCCCGUUUCAGGGUUGGACGCCUCGACUUCUCAUGUGCGAUGAGAACUCCACGAACGGCGCACUGAAUGAACGCUUUAACACGCCUACCCGCUUCGGGGUCCUCCUCGUGUGCGAGGGUGCCCCAGAGAGCACGAGUCUGUGGAAUGUGUGGUGCUUUCUCUCUCGCAAGCUGAUGAACCCCCGCUUUUACGACUUCCUUCCCAGGUGGCUGUGGCGCCCCCUCGUCUACACCGUGGUACUGCCCUGCAUUGUGCGCCAACACCAAAGAAUGCACCGCGGCACGUGGAUCUUGUCGCGUUCACGGAGCAACGCCCCUGCGGAGAACGAGGACGCCGUGACAACGACAGAAACAGCGGCAGCAGUAGCAGCAUCCGCUGGGUCGGAGGUGGUCGGCACCGCCACCGUCGUCGCGCUGGCAGAACAGCUUGGCCGGCUGGUGGAGCAGUGGCUGCGGCAGAAGCUGAUGGGCAGGCGCGACGCCUCGGUGCAGGUGGAGGUGGGCUUUUAUCACCGCCGCGGCAGCGUGGAGGCGGCGUUGGAGCGGCUCCAGCUUCGCGGCGGCUAUGGCCGAGACGCCCGCGACUCCGCCGGGAUGCCCGUUGCGGUGGAGGUGGAGGAGCUGAUGGUGCUGCCUCUCUAUCCCCAUCACAAGGCGGAGUUCACCGGGACGGUGUGGGACGCGGUGAUGCGCAGCUCGUACUUCCAACGGCACGAGAACAUCCCCAAUGUGCACUUCAUUCGAAAUUACGCGGAUCAUGAGGUGUAUCUUGACACGUGGAACCGGCACAUUCGUCGGUACGUGGGGCAGCACGGCACACCCGACUGGCUCUUCAUUGUCUUUCAAGGGACGCGGAAGUACGUGGCGGCGAGCGGGGACACCUACCGCGACGAGUACACGAGCACCGCGGAGCAGCUGCGCGAGCGCCUCAGCACGUCGUGGUCCACCUCUUCGUCGAUGCCGACGCCGGCGGACGGACAGUUUUUCCGAGGCUCCCUCAACCCCAGUCGCAUCAAAUCGGCCUUUUUGGGGCACGGCAGUGAGGCGCUGAGGGAGCCGCGGCUGGAGAGGGUGUUCCUCAGCAUUAUUCGCCAGCUGAAGAGCAUCUCCGCGAUGAAUUCGUUGGCGUCGUCUCUGUCGAGCAGCGCGGUGAAUCGCCGUGGCAGCAGCGACGGAGCCGCUUCCGAUGCCGGCGGACUGUCGGCCUUCCUUCAGUCCCGUACCCCACUUCCGCUGGAUAUGGCGCCGACGGCCUUUGUGGUGUGUCCUGGCGAGGCGUUGGACAGCACCACGACGCUGUGGAGGCUGCAGAAGGUGCUCUUCCCCGAGGUGAAGAAGCUCGGAUGGCGGGAUAUACAGUACAUCCCGGCGCUGAACGACACCGCGGAGCACGCGGAGGUGCUCUCGGCCGUGCUGGAGCCGUACCUAUUAUGA